AAAUUAAAAAGAGAAAAAGCUAUAAUGCCAGUACAGGAAAGAUUAUAUUGGAGUUUGGACAUCUAGCUCGUAUUUAUCUACGACAUGUUCCACUCCAAAAACAAGUAGCAAAAUAAAAAAUAAAAAACAAAUAAAAAAAAGGAGUAACUAAUAAUUAUUGUAAAAGCCAUUUUUUUUUUUGGCCACAUAUUUUGCAAAAUGGCUGACCACAGAGAUCGUGAUUCUUAUUAUCGUGAUUCACAAACAGAUCCACGUUCUAAAAAUGAUGAUCCACCAAAUUCACGUUUAUUUGUCAUCUGUCACAAAAGUCUUGAGGAAGAUGAAUUACGAAAAUCAUUUGAAAAAUUUGGUAAAAUUGAAGAUAUAUGGGUUGUCAAAGAUCGCAAUACUGGUGAAAAUAAAGGUGUGACAUAUAUUAAAUUUUCGAAAACAUCAGAAGCAGCAUUUGCAUUGGAAGAAAUGAAUGGAAAAACACUUGGUACAAUUGGUCGUCCAAUAAAAGUUAUGAUUGCAUCAAAUCGUGAUCAAGGCUCUGUACGUGAAACAAAUGAAGAAGAAAGAUGGGUACGUUUAUUUUGUGUGUUACCAAAAUCAAUGACUGACAAUGAAUUACAACAGGAAUUUACAAAAUAUGGUACAAUUGAAUAUGUAACUGUUGUUAAAGAUAGAAAUACAAAUGAAUCAAAAGGUUUUGGCUAUGUUAAAUUUAAAAAAGUAUCAAGUGCAGCAAUUGCAUUUGAAGAAUGUGAUAGAAAAUAUAAAGCUGUAUUUGCUGAGCCUAAAAAACGUAAACCAGAACAUAAUGAUAAUUUAAAAUAUAAUAAUGGUGGUUUAACAAUGCCAUAUGAUAAUUUAACAAAUAGUUAUGGUAAUACAAAUUUUAAUAAAAAUACAAUUAGUCAUGAAAUAAUAACAAAUUAUCAAAAUCCAGAUGGUUAUACACGUUUACAAGUUAUUGCACAUCCACAUCUUAAUCAGGAUCAAUUAUGGAAGCUAUUUGACAUUGUACCUGGUUUAGAUUAUUGUUGUUUAAAAACAGAUGUUAGAUAUAGAAUGCCACGUGGACAUGCAACUGUUGUUUAUUCACAUCCAAAUGCUGCUGCUUAUGCUAGAGAAAAAUUUCAUGGUUUUGAAUAUCCACCAGGUCAUCGUAUGAUUGUUAAACCAGAUAUGAUUGGUGGUAAUGGUGGUGGUGGAGGUGGUGGUGGUGGUUUACCAUCAACAAAACCAAUUAUUAAUAAAUCAUCAACACAAAAUUUAGGUGGUAUUAAUACUAGAAAUGAUCUUGCUCAUCUUGCUGAAACAAUUGCACAAGCAACAUCAUUAAUACAAGCUGCUGGUCUUGCUGCACCAAGCUUGGAACAUUCAAUUUCUUUGAAGCUACCACCAAUACAACCAAUGGCAAGCAUUGAUGCUGAUGUUGAAAAAAGAUGUUUCAUUGUUUGUGGACCACCAAUACCACCAAUCUAUGCUAUGAAAGAUGCAUUUUGUAGAUUUGGUAAUUUAAUUGACGUUUACAUGCUGCCUGGUAAAAAUUGUGGAUAUGCUAAAUAUGCUAGUGUUGAGAGUGCAAACAAAGCUAUUGAGACAUUACAUGGACAAGAAAUAUUUGGAUCACGACUUAAAGUUUUAGAAGCUGAAGAACGUAAUGUUGGUGAUGAUCGACGAAAACGUCUUCGUAUGGAUGAAGAUGAAAAUUAAUCAUUCCUCCUCUAUUAAUUUGCACGUCACGAUGCAGUGGUUAAGACAAUUUCAAGUACCUGAUGAAACACCUGUGAUAUAACAUGAAGAAAAAAUUUCUUAUUGAUAAAAAUAUAUUUAACUUAAGCUUGAUAAAGAAAAUAAAAUAUAUUUAUAUAAAAAAUUAUGAAAUAAUUUACAGUAAGUAUAAAUAUGAUAGAAAAAAUAUAUUUAGAUAAUUAUUACUCAAGUUAUUCUCAACCCUAAUUAUGAAAAUUUUAUUCAAGUUUAUAAUUGAAUAAGAAUGGUUAAAUAUACAAUCGAAUUUACUCAUCAAUCUUUUGUAAUAAAUUUAUAAGUAGAUUGUAUUCAUACUGUAUUUUAAUUAUUCUGAUUUAUUAUUAUAAAAGACCUUCAUAAUUUUAUUUGCUUGUAGUGGGAAAAUAUAUAUUUCUGGUACAGAGUUUGCGCAAUAUUAAUUAUCACCAGCACCAGUAUCAGCCUGCCAAUUAUU